AUGGACGCAAGCAACGCUGCUUACCUAUUCGAACAGCUCAGUGAAGAAGACAAGAGACACUUGACCAGUCUCUCAGAUGACGAUAUCAGAAGAUUGGCGCUUCUAGCUACGAUUCGCCUGUUCUCUCGCGGGGCAAGUGUGAGUUCUCGCGAGACCAGUGUGACGCCUAUUCUCAUAGAAGCGCAGCCAAUUCCAGGUACCGACGUGGCUACACCUCUAGACACUCUCAACACCGAGGGCCAUUCAGAACAAGAUGAUUCCUGUAAUGAUUCUUCACGUCCUUGCACCUCCAUCAAUCCCCCGGGUGCCCCCUCUGACCUCCCCGACGGCUGUGUUUCCCAAGAAGCAUUUCGCGGGUUCAUAUUUGGUAGUAAUCCAACAUUCCAGACUAUCUAUGCUCACAUGUGUGGGGGCGGACACUGGUCCCAGUCUGAAGAGUCGUCCGACUUGGAGGAGCCACUCGAGGAUGAUAGUGAGAUGGAAGAGCUCGAAGAGCCCGUCAAAAUUUCAGUAGAUGAUUACAUCUAUCUUGAUGAGGAUGGAAAUGAGCUGGGCUCUGAGGGACCUGGGCUGUCAAAUUUGAGAUACGACUUUGAGAGCAUGGUCUUUUGUAACGAGGAGGACGAAAGCAAAGAGUAAGGAUAUAAGGAUGGUUUGACGUGCCAUAGUAUGGAAUGUAAUUGCAGAGCGAAUAUACAUGUUGCGGGUCACUUGGUACGUAAA